AUGUUAUUUUUUCAAGAAAAAGGUGGUAUGGAUCAGACAUACAUCUAUGACUUGUCGGACGAGUUUCUCAACUCGCUAAAAUUGCUACGAUUUGACUUGAAUACCUCACAAAUAGUGCAACUUAUUGAACAAACACAGGAAGUCAAGGUAAAAGCAGAAAUUAAAGAUGAAAGUUAUUACAAAUCAGAUCUUCACCGCUACAAUUUAAAACGAGCGCAAAGCAAUUUACCACCUGUGAGUGAAGAAGAAUUUGAAGAAUUGUUAGAGACGGAAUCUAUAGAGGACAUUUCAGGGUCAGAUAUUAACAGCGAGUCGGAACUGGAUGAUCAGAAUCAACAAGAUCUAAAAGUGCAAAGUUUGAUCAAUAAAUUGAGCAUACAAGAAGAAGAAGAAAAAGAUAACGACUACAACUCAUCAGCAUCACAUCUACACACGAAAAGUCCUUUUAUAUUAUUUGAGAGCCCUCUUGUUCCUGAAUCCAAAGCAAUUGGGAUAUACAAGGCUGUCUUUACGGGCAAUGAGCUCGAUUCUCCACACGACAGUUUAAUGUCUAUAAAAAGGCAAGCCCACGGUAAGUCUGCUAUAUUCAUGAUUGGCGGAGGACAUUUUGCAGGAGCGAUCAUUUCUCAUGAACAACUAGACCUCAAGGGACAAGCUACAUUAUCAUCAAGAGAGCUGAGUGUCAACGUCAUAUUGUCCAAGACAUUUCAUAGAUAUACUACAAGAAGGAAACAGGGUGGUGCUCAAGGAGCAAGCGAUAACUCUCGCGGGAAAGCAGUUUCGGCUGGGUCAAGCAUCAGGAGAUACAAUGAACAGGCAUUGGCACAGGAAGUCCGAGAAUUGAUUUCGGAAUGGGGGGAGCAUAUACGCGAAUGCUCUUCGAUAUAUAUUAGGGCUAACGGUCCUACAAACAAAAAAGUACUUGUUGGGUACGAUGGUGCAUUGAUCAAGCCGGGUGAUGAAAGAGUCAAAAAGCUUCCAUUUUCUACCAAACGAGCAAGUUUGUCAGAAGUGAAACGAAGCUGGUACGAAUUGACUCAUUUGAAAAUAGUUGUUCUUCCAGAGCCAACAAUUAAGACAGAACAAGCGAUUAAAAAGGAAAAAUUGCCACAACAAAUGGAAAUAUCACCUGAACAGAAGGAGCAAGAGGCAUUGGCAAACGAAUUAACGACUGCACUAAAAAAACAAAAGGGACCAUCCUUUAUGAAACUAAUUAAGGAAAAAAACAUCAAUGUUGACGAAUACAGGUUGAACACAAGUGGCCAACUUACAAAUACGCCAACCUUACUUCAUUAUGCUUCUGCAAAUAGAUUGGUUCACAUGGUUCAAAUUCUCUUACUCAACUUGAGAGCUUCCCCACUUGUAGUGAAUGAUCUAGGAAAAGUGCCUGCAGAAUUGGGUGAUUCAAACACAAGAAGAGUCUUUCAAAUUGCAAGAAGUAGGCUAGGGGAAGAUUACUGCGAUUGGGACAGUGCAAAAGUGGGAGUGGCUCGCACAAAAGCAGAGUUUGAAGAAGAGGAUAGGAAACGUGAAAAUCAGAUCAAAGAGGAAAAGCAAAAACAACUAAAACUAGAACUAGCUUUGGAAAAAGACAACCAACCUCCCACUCGUACAGCAAAACCAGUACCAAAUAGUAACAUUAACAUCAAUGGCUUGUCUGCUGAACAAAAGGCAAAACUAAUGAGAGAACAACGCGCGCGUGCAGCUGAGGCAAGAUUGAAGAGUCUGACCCGAUAA